AUGUUUUUCUUCUCUGAUCAUGAGUUGGUUUUCAUCUUUGGCCUUCUGGGUAAUAUUGUUGCAUUCCUGGUGUUCUUAGCACCCUUGCCAACGUUCUACACAAUAUACAAGAACAAGUCGUCAGAAGGGUUUCAAUCGAUCCCAUAUGUGGUUGCACUGCUUAGUGCAUUGUUACUUCUAUAUUAUGGUUUCUUAAAGAGCCACGCCAUUUUGAUUAUCACCAUCAAUUCUAUAGGCUGUGUUAUCGAAAUCACUUACCUCAUAUUAUACGUUAUAUAUGCACCAAGGAAACAGAAGAUUUCGACGAUGGCGAUGUUAGCGAUUUUUGACGUAGGAGGGUUUGGGUUGACCAUGAUAAUUUCCGUCUUCGCCUUUAAGGGAAUUGACCGUGUUCAUGCCGUCGGCUGGGUCUGUGCCGUUUUUAAUAUCGCCGUCUUCGCUGCCCCUCUGAGCAUCAUGAGGAGGGUCAUAAAAACCAAAAGCGUAGAGUUCAUGCCAUUUUCUCUGUCCUUUUUUCUUACCCUCACCGCCACCAUGUGGUUUUUCUAUGGCUUCUUCAGCAAAGAUUACUUCAUCAUGCUGCCAAAUGUGCUGGGGUUUAUGUUUGGAGUAGCUCAAAUGGGUUUAUACAUGGCCUACAAGAACGCCGAUAAGAACAUUGAAUCAAAAUGCGAGUUGCCGGAAUGGAAGGCCACCGUCAGUGACAUUAACUCCGGCAACCAUGGCUGCGAUCUUAAAGCUAAGGACAUCGACUUACAGCCCCAUACUUCGCACCUGCAACUUAAUGUCUGA